AUGACACGAAUCACGGCCUCUAUUACCGGACUCGUCGUUGCCCUCGCCAUCGUCAUCCAAGGUGUCACCGUGCCCAGCGGCAGAUCAGGAUCAGGAACAGGAUGGUGGAAACGUGAUAUCCCGCCACCAGCGUCCAGCUCGGCAGCGCCAAUUCCAACACCACCGCUAGACCAGAUCCCGACACCGCCUAACUGCAACAAGGUCUUCUUCACCAACAUUCUGCCGCCUGAAGCGCGCCUGGAGAACGUCACGGUUGUGCCGGAGGGCGGUAGUCAUGGCGAAGGAAAGAGAAAUAUUCCGUAUCCGACUGACCCGACGAACCUUCCUGCCCUAUGUGCCGUGACAGUCAACGUGACGAGUUCGCCGUCGAGUAGCUACCGGUUUGGACUGUUCUUACCGACGGAGUGGAGUGGGAGGUUUCUUGCUGUCGGCAAUGGAGGGUUUGCGGGGGGUAUCAAUUGGCUUGAUAUGGCUCCCGGCACACACUACGGCAUGGCAACCGUCUCAUCAGACCUAGGCCACAACAGCUCUGCAAUCGAUACAUCAUGGGCCAUCAACCAGCCCGAAAAGAAACUUGACUGGGGCUGGCGAGCCCUCCACGGCAGUGUCGUCCUCGGCAAGAAGCUCACAGCCGCGUACUACGACGGCUGUGACAUGUUCUACUCGUACUACAGCGGCUGUUCCACCGGCGGGCGCCAAGGCCUCCGCGAGAUCCAAGAAUUCCCUGACUCGUUCGAUGGCGUGCUAGUCGGUGCUCCUGCCUGGUGGACGUCCCAUCUAAACAACUACAUCACCCAGCUAGGGAUGUACAACCUUCCCAACAACACCGACUCGUACGUGUCAAACGAUCUACUCAAAGUCGUCGCCCAAGAAGUCGUCCGGCAAUGUGACCUAGCCGAUGGGGUCGAAGACGGCAUCAUCCAACGCCCCGACCUCUGCGAGUUCAACUCUUCCCUCCUUCUGUGCCCAUCCAACUAUACGGCCCCUGAAAACGCCACAGCAACCUGCCUCACCCAACCCCAGAUCGAAACCAUCGAAAAGAUCUACUCCUCGCACCACCACGCCUCCACAGAAGAACUCAUCUACCCCGGCCUCACCAUCGGCUCCGAAGCCCAAUGGCCCGUCGGGAUCUUCGGCGGGAUACCCAACAAAACCACCAACACCACCAGUAACAACGGCAUGCCCUCGCCCUACGGGCUCGGCUACCAGCGCAAUUUUUUGUUUGACAACGCCACCUGGAACUACACAGCCCUCUACAGCGACAGCGUGGUCGAUCUAGCCGACCGCCUCGACCCCGGCCGCGCCACCGCCGACAAAUACGACAUUUCGGCGUUCAAAGCCCGCGGUGGCAAGAUGAUUCUCUACCACGGCCUCGCCGACGGACUCGUCCCCACCAAGGGCACAGAGCUGUAUUACAACCGCACCAUCCGCGCGUUCGGGGGCGACCUGACUACGCUGCACAAUCUGCGCAACACGACCGAGUUCUUCAAGUUUUUCCAGAUCCCCGGGAUGCAGCACUGCUGGGCUAGUCCGCCGCAGGUGGACGCGCCGUGGAAUAUCGGCGGCGCGUUCCAGGCGGGCGUCAUGGGCAGUGGGCUUUAUUCUGUUCCUGGGUACGAGGGUAGGGAGGAGUAUGAUGCGCUUGUUGCGCUGAGGAAGUGGGUGGAGGAGGGGAAGGAGGUUAAGCAGCUUGUUGCUACUAGUUGGAGGGAGGGACUUAAUGCUAGUAGUGGGGUUAGGAGGCAGAGAAAGCCGGCCACAUCGCCUCUCCCGGUUGUCUUCGGAACCGCCCGCGCCCGCGCCCGCGCCGCAACACUACUUCCCGGCAACAAUGCGCGCGCUGCUCUUGGUCCAUCGCGACAGCUUCAGCCUCGUCUCCAACAACAACAAGCGCGAUACCUAACGACCGAAACGACCCCCUUGGCGGCCGCCUCGACAACUACUACCCCUCCUCCACCCGCUGCCCCCUUCCGCAAACAGCUAAAAGAACAAGCCAAAGCCCUCAAAAAGUCCGGCGCCAACAAAAAGAAGAAGUCAAGCGACAACCAAACCGUCCCCGGCUGGGAAUUAACCGUCGGCAUCGAGAUCCACGCGCAACUCAACACUUCCCACAAACUUUUUUCUCCCGCAGCCGUAACAUCCUUCAACGACAGCCCCAACACGCACGUAGCCCCCUUCGACCUCGCCCUUCCAGGCUCCCAACCUCUUUUCCAGCCCGCCACCUUGGUCCCCGCCAUCCGCGCCGCGCUAGCCCUCAACUGCGCCAUCCAGCCUGUUUCCCGCUUCGACAGGAAACAUUAUUUCCACUGGGACCAGCCUGCGGGAUACCAGAUAACGCAAUUUUACGAGCCGUUUGCACGCGAUGGAUACAUAACGUUAUAUGCGCGGGAUGGGAUUGCUGCUGAGGAUGGUGAGCAGAUACAGAUUGGGGUGAAGCAAGUCCAGAUGGAGCAGGAUACUGCCAAGACUAUCGCCCAACCCGGCGAGGUGCAGUGGUUGGAUUUUAAUCGUGUCGGGGUGCCGUUGAUUGAGAUCAUUACUCUGCCGGAGAUCCACCAUCCCGCGACGGCGGCGGCGUUGGUGAGGAAGGUGCAGAUGGUGCUGGGGAGCGUGGAUGCUUGUGUUAGUGGACUGGAGGAGGGUGGGCUUAGGGCUGACGUGAACGUUUCGGUACGAAAAGUGGGAGAGGGUGGGAAGCCAAUAGGGGAACUGGGACAAAGAACGGAAAUCAAGAACCUGAGUAGUUUCAAGGCGGUCGAAGACGCGAUCAUUGCCGAGCGGGAUCGGCAGAUUUCUCUGAUUGAGAGCGGGGGAAAAGUGCUAGGAGAAACGAGGGGUUGGUCGCUGGGCAGCACGGAGACGCGGAGACUAAGGGGAAAGGAAGGGGAGGUGGAUUAUAGGUAUAUGCCUGAUCCUGACCUGGGACCGGUGGUCAUCGGGCAGGAUCUGGUGCAGCGAUUAAAGGAGACGAUGGGCAUUUUGCCGGAUGAGGAGGCGGAUGGGUUGAUGGGGAGGUAUGGCCUUAGUGCUAAGGACGCGUUGGCGCUGAUGUUGCUGGAUGGCGGGGCGAGGGUGCAGUAUUUUUAUAAUGUCCUCGACUCCCUUGAAGAGCGUCUGGCUGGUGAGGGGCAGGCGGUACCGGAGAAGGGGGCGGAACAUGCCACGCUGGCGGCGAAUUGGUGUUUGCACGAACUGGGCAAGCUGACGGAUUCAGUCUCUUCUGGAUCUGAGUCUUCGAGUUUGGAAGGUCUGGAAGGUCUGCAAAUGACACCCCAAGGCGAAUCACCCCUCGUCCCAUCUUCUUCUCUCGCAUCCAUCCUUUUUCAUCUUCACUCCCGCACUAUCACGGCAAAGGUAGCCAAAGACCUCCUCUGGGCCGUCUAUCGCGGCGAGGUUCCCGACCAAGAUGUUACAGGCUACAUCGAUACCAACAACCUCUGGUUCAAAGAACUUUCCGAACAAGAAUACACCAAGCUGGCGGAUGAGGUCCUCCAAGGCGAGGGGAAGGUCCUGGGAGAGUUCAAGAAGUGGAAGGAAGGCAAGAUGAAGGCGUAUCCGCAGGGCAAACUGAUGUAUCUUGUCGGGAAAAUGAUGAGGGAGGGCCCAGAGGGGAGGGUGGAAGCUAGUGGCGCGGAGAAGGUUUUGAGAGGGGUUUUGGAGAGGUUUUUGGAGGGGUGA